AUGUCCGUCCCGCGCCUCAUCCGCAAAAUCUUCCUCGCCACCGAACAGGCCGAAGGCGCCGGCGCCCGUGUCCGUCGCUCCAUCGGCACCCCUCAGCUCCGCAAUUUCUCUCCCUUCCUCAUGCUCGACCACUUCACCAUCCGUCCCGGCUCCGGCUUCCCCGACCACCCCCACCGCGGUCAAGAAACCAUCACCUACUUGCUUUCCGGCGGCGUCGACCACGAGGACUUUGCCGGCAACAAGGGCACCAUUGAGGCGGGCGACCUGCAGUUCAUGACGGCGGGCAGGGGCAUCAUGCACGCCGAGAUGCCGCGCCAGAACCCGGACGGGAGCGCCAACGUGGGAUUGCAGCUUUGGGUGGACUUGCCCAAGGAGCUCAAGUCGUGCGAGCCGCGGUACCGGGAUCUGAAGGCGCAGGAGAUCCCCACGGUCGAGACGGAUGAGGGACGCGUCAAGAUCAAGGUGAUCAGCGGCAAGAGUCACGGGGUGGACAGCGUCAAGGACCUGGCGUACACGCCCGUGUGGAUUCUGGAUGUGGAGGUGAAGCCCGGUGGCAAGGUGGUGCAGGAGGUGCCGGAGGGGUGGAACGCGUUUGCGUAUACUUUGGAGGGGACCGCCAUCUUCAGCUCGGGCAAGGACGGAGAGAAGAGGACGGUGGAGCAAUUCCACAAUGUGGUGUUUGAGCCGCAGGGCGAGGCGGUUUAUGCCGAGGUGGAUGUGGGCGCGGAGAAGCCAGCGAGGUUUGUUUUGGUUGCAGGAACACCGCUUGAUCAGAAGGUGGUGCAGUAUGGCCCGUUUGUGCUGAACAGUCAGGAGGAGGUGUAUCAGGCUUUUGUGGAUUACCAGACGCACUCGAAUGGGUUUGAGAGGGCGCAGGGGUGGAGGAGCGAGAUCGGAAAGUAUAUAUACCAAACCAAGCCAUGCGCAAUUCAGCCGCCCGAAUUCAUUUGUAUGCCAUAUACAAUUCCUCCACCGCCUGCUAUCCCUUAA